CUGCAGCCUUUGCUGAUUGGAUUAAUACACAGUUAGAUGGCGAUGACGAGCUAAAGACCGGUGGCUACAUCCCRAUUGACUCAACUGACAACUAUAGACAGCUUUUCCAGAAGGUUAAAGAUGGUAUUCUGUUGUGUAAAAUGAUUAACGCUACUGUUCCUAAUACCAUUGAUAUGCGUGUCGUCAACAAGAAGAAUCUCAAAGUCUUUACUAUUCACGAAAAUCAAACUCUUGUCAUCAAUUCUGCUUCAUCAAUUGGCUGCCAUCUUGUAAACAUAGGACCAGAAGACUUGGCAAAUGGUAAACCACACUUGGUGCUUGGACUGCUUUGGCAAGUCAUUAGGAUUGGAUUGUUCUCCAAGAUUUCGCUAACUGAUAUUCCUGGUCUUCGACGCUUACUMAGAGAAGGAGAGGAUGCUAGCGUACUUCAUAAAAUGAGUCCUGAGGAACUUCUUCUUCGUUGGGUUAACUAUCACCUUGAACAAGCGGGAUCUUCUAGACGCAUCAAUAACUUUAGUGAAGAUAUUACGGAUUCAGAGGCUUACAGCAUUCUUUUGCACCGAAUUGCUCCUCCUGGUACCGGUGUAGAACACCCAUCAAGUUAUAAUUCUGUUCAAGGAAAUGUGAAAAGAGCUGACAAAGUUCUKAAAAAUGCUGACAAAAUUGGCUGCAGAAAGUUUGUAAGACCUAAGGAUAUUGCUGAAGGAAAUCCAAAGCUUAACUUGGCUUUUGUAGCUAAUUUGUUCAAUACGUAUCCAUGCUUGCCACCAGACGAGGAGGCRGAAGUAGUUGACGAUGAAAAUAUGUACAGAGAGGAAACACGCGAAGAAACAACAUAUCGUAACUGGAUGAACAGUCUUGGUGUAAAUCCAUUUGUCACUUGGUUGUACACUGAUCUUUAUGAUGGGCAUGUGUUAUUUCAGGUAGGGUUAUUUGAUUCUUUAGUAUGGCAAAUGAUGAGAGCCUACACYAUCUCAAUCCUGAGUAAACUUGCACCUGAAGGCAGCCCAGCCUUGAGAGAUGCUGAUAUCAAAGAAUGGGUUAAUGACAAGCUUCAAAAAGGCAAGAAGGAGAAUACUAUCACAGGUUUCAAAGACCCAAGUAUCUGCACUAGUCAUGCUGUCAUUGAUCUUAUCGAUUGUAUUCAGCCUAAGGUAGUCAACUACAAUCUGGUUGCUGCUGGAGACACUGACGAGGAGAAACUCUUAAAUGCAAGGUAUGCAUUGUCAACUGCAAGAAAGAUUGGCGCUCAAAUCUAUGCCCUUCCAGAAGACCUGGUUGAAGUAAAACCYAAAAUGGUGUUGACAGUGUUUGCUUGUCUGAUGGCAUGCUCUUACAAACUUGACAAAGAAAAGGAAGCUAAGAAAAAAGGCAGAAAGUAAAGAUAAAAACCUCGUAUUUCAUAACAAUUUAAACUGAUCAAGUCAAUCAGGUUUCCAAUUACCUGUUCAACUAGUUUUUCCUCUAAAACUGGUUUUGUUCCUGCCAAACCUGAUUUUAUAUCUAUAAGAGGUAAUAAAUCUUGGACAAUUUCAUACAAUCAAGUCAAUCGGGUUUUCAAUGACAGUUAAACCUGUUAAACCAGUUUUUAUGGUAAAACCGGUUCUGUUUCUGCCAAACCUGAUAAUAUAUCUACAAAAUAGGGUGAUAAUUCGGAUUUCUAUUCGGAAUUUCAUUUCUUUCCAAAGAAAUCCUGCUGAGUAAUACUACAAUAUUAGCAUUUCAUUUCAUAGCGUAAGACUAAAAUAAUCGUUCGUGAAAAACAUUUUGAUAUUAUGUACGUUCCCUUUAGAUAAAUAAUGACAUAAAAGGUAGACCAUAAUUCACACAGAAAUCAUAUUUACUAAGCAUAAAUGUCGUCCUUUAAGGUGAAUUAAUGUAAAUUACCCGGCCAAGUAUUACUCAGAGAAGUAGUGUUAUUGAAAUAAGCGAAUGUUUUCAUGGUUUUGGAAAAAAGUUUAUAAGGAUAUAAUAGAUUGAAAGCAACCAAAAUUUGUUAGAUUAGUAAAAAAAAUAAAUAAAUGAUUUUUUGAGUCUUA